AACUUCCUUUUCGUUUCUAUGGUUUCAACCAGUCUCUUUGCUUUCGUUUGUUCAUUGGCUACACACAACUUUAAUCAAACUUAGUCCCGCCUAAUUUGCCAUUGGGGAACAAAUCAGCAGCGAGUAAAUGAGGCGGCGUCAUUACGUUGCGUCAGAGCUAACCAAUCAGGUUCAAUCUUGUAAGAGGGGGGGGCUCUAUAGUUUGGAGAAGCGUUGUUCACAACCGCAACCGACAUAGAUUGAAAGCUAGUAAGAGGCAUGUCUCCAGAGGAUGACCUCCUCAGUCCCCCCCUUGGUUUCAGCUCUACCAGGCAGGAUGUCACUCUGAACUCUGGUGAUCUAGCUAGCUUUCAUGAGCUGGGGAGAAUGAGCAGAGCAGGCAGCAGUCUCCACACAAGAACCCCAGAGGCUGACAUCAAUUGUCAUGGAGACUUUGCCCAGGGAAAAAGCCCUUUCCUGAAAACACUGAUGGAUGCAGAAGCAGCGGCCAACUCUGCUGCCAUUCAACUUGUGUCUUUUAAAGAUGCCAUGGAAGAUGAAUUUUCUGAUUCGAGACACUCUGCCAUUAAUAAGCGCAGAAUUACAAGGCAAAGAGGACUUUUGCUGGAGAAGUUGGAGGAUUUUAGACGAAUAAAUAAGUCUGUUCGACAGAAACUGAAACAGCUCAAAGAUGCAGAGGCUGAUCGAAUUGAUGCCGACCACCAAACUGACCACUUAUUGAAGAAGAUCACACAGGCUGAGAGUGAAAAUGAGCAUUUAAAAAGAGAAGUGAGUGAGACAGAAAGAAAAGUCGAGGAGCUGAUGGAUCUGCGACGAGAAGAGCAGGAGAACAGAAAGAGUGCACUUCUAAUGACCAAGUCUGUGGAGGCGACUCGAGCUCACCUGCAGGGGCAGCUGCGCAACAAGGAAGCCGAAAACAAUCGUCUGACUGUGCAGCUACGGACUGUGGAGAGAACCCUCACUGAGCAAAAGAUGGAGCUUGAUGAUCUGAAAUGCUCCAUUCCCUGUUUGACUGAGAAGGCAGCAAAGGACAAAGAGUCUCUUAAGAAAGCCACCCGAGCACAGAAGCUGAGAGCUGAGAGAUUCGAAGCCGCUAUUGAGAAAUGCUAUGCACAGUUGCGGGAAAAGGAUACUCAGCUGGCCAACGCCCGUUUAGAAAGAGACUCCAGGAGACGGCAAAAAGAGCAGGAGAUCGAUGAGAAAGACAAACUUGUCGUUCAUAUAGAGUUAUUGAAAAGCCAAAUUGCGGACAUGACAGCGAGGGUGCAGAAGGAGAAGGAUGAGCUCACUGCAGCUAAUGACAUUGUGAUGCAACGUGUCGAAAAACUCAGCGCUGAAAACGGAGACCUCAGCGUCAAUAAUGCAACACUCAAGGCAUCCGUUGCUCAGCUGGAGCUUCAGCGGGCUGAUUGUGAGUCUGCACUGAUAGAAGAAAAGAUUGUGUCUCAGGAGAGGAAACAUCACGCUGGACUGUGCCAGUAUCAGGUUGCAGAGCUUCAAGUGGAGUUGGAUGAUCUGAGGGUAAAAUAUGAAAACGUUUUAAGAGAGACCGAGAAGACACAGGAUGGAAAAGAUACAGAAGUUGAGAAGAUGGAGAGUCAGACAAAAUUACUGAGAGCAUCUGUGGAGAUGAAGAAGUCCAUUCAUGAUGCCAACUCACAACUCCAAGAGAAAGGGAAUUCGCUGCAAAAGAAGAUGGACACGCUGCAGCAGGAGAACCUGGAGCUGGUAAGAAGGCUCGCAGCUCAGGAGGAAGGUGUGAGCUACAGUAACCGGCAGCUGGAUCGACGCUCGUCAGAGUGUCAGGCUCUCAGCCGGCAGCUGGAGGCGGCGUUAUCAGACGUCAAACAACAGGUCAAUAAGGUAAAAGACCAGACUGUCUCCAGAGAAGAGGCCCUACAGACCAAAAUCCUGGAGCUGCAAGCCGAGAAGAGCAGAAGAGAUGACGAGCUGAGGCUUAUUCGCCAGAGCAAGCUCACCGCGGAGAAGCAGUUCGAGGUGCGUCUGAAGGACCUGCAGCUCAGCCUGGACCAAUCGGAGAGCCACAAGCGGAGCAUUCAGAACUACGUCGACUUCCUCAAAAACUCUUACACGACAAUGUUUGACGAGGGACUGCAAACGUCAAAUUUUGGAUCAUCGUAUUUUCUAAAAUGAUUUAAAAUGUUGUACUUAUUUAUUUAUUUAUCCGUGUACUUUUUAAAAACGAGAAUGGUGGCAAUAAUUGAGACAUUUAGCUGAAAAAUCUGGGACUUUUUUCCUUCCAGGUACAGCCCCCUCCAAAACUAUUGGAACAGGCCAAUUCCUUUACUUUUGCUGUACACUGAAAACUGUUGAGUUUGACAUCAAAAGAUGCACGAUGAAGGAUCUCCAGAUCAGUUUGGUUGCAUCCCUCUUUAGAUUGGCAAGGCAAAAUGUUUCUGUAGACUCCAGAGUUCAUGUUGCUGCUGCCAUCAUGUGUUGCAUCAUCAAAGAAGAUCAAUGAGCCCGUCCCAGAAGAAGCCAUGCGAGCCCCAGCCAUGGCAUUACCUCCACCCUGUUUCACAGAUGAGCUUGUGUGUUUGGGAUCAUGAGCAGAUCCCUUCUUUCUCCACGCGUUAGCCUCUCCAUCACUUUGGCAAAGGUUCAUCUUUGGCUCAUCAGUUCAUAAAACUUUGUCUCAUAACUUUUGAGCGUCGACUUUUUGGCAAAUUCUAAUCUGUCCUUCAUGUUCUUAAUGCUAAUGAGUGGUUUGCAUCUUCUGGUGUAGCCUCUGUACUUUUGUUCCCAAAGUCUUCUGCGAACAGUAGAUUGUGAAACCUUCACCCCUGCCCUCUGGAGGUUGUUGGUGAUGUCACUGACAGUUGUUUUAGAGUUUUUCUUUACAGUUCUCGUAAUGUUUCUGUCAUCAGCUGCUGAUGUUUUCCUUGGUCUACCAGUUUGACGUCUGUUGCUCAGUACACCAGUGGUUUCUUUCUUCUUCAGGACAUUCCAAAUGGUUGUACUGGCUAUGGCCAAUGUUUGUGCAAUGGCUCUGAUUGAUUUUCCAUCUUCUCUCAGUUUCAACAUUGCUUGCUUUUCUCCCAUAGACAGCUCUCUGGUCUUCAUGUUGGUUACACCUUUAAAACUAUAAAUGCAGUCUGCACAGGCAAAACCCAAAGCUGAAACUGAGAGUAGACAUUCAGUACUAUUUAUUGUUUGAAUAAUCAAUGUACAGGACACACCUGGGCAACAAAAAACACCUGUCAGUCACAUGUUCCUAUACUAUUGAUCACUUGAAAAAUGGGUGGGUUCAAAUAAAAGGUGCUAUCUUCUAAGUUGUUGAUCAGAUCUAGAUUUAAAUACCUGGAAAUAGAAGCUGAAAGACUGAUCUUAUUUUCAUUUGAUGUCAAACUCAAUUGUUUUCAGUGUACAGCAACAAUAAAAGAAUUGGCCUCGCUGUUCCAAUAGUUUUGGAGGGGACUGUAAUAUCAGGGAAAUCUGCUGUUGCUGUGAGAGGUUUUGAUAUUUGAUGUCAGCUAAUGUCCCGAAAGACAUUACAUGUUAUUAUCUCGUGUGUGCAAAUGUUGGAGUGUGAACUCUUGGUGCUACUGUGUCUUAUUCCCAUACGAAGAGGAGCCAGUUGGAAAAAGACUAGUGUAAACUUUAGAUGAAUCUUAGACUUGUUUGAGGAAGACAGUCUGUUAUAGUAAUAUUACUUUUUUCUUUCAUAAAUAACUUUAAAUUAAAAACAUUUGGGUUUUUGACUGUUGGGCAGAUAAGAAAGAUUAAGACGUCACGCUGGGCUCUGAGUAACUGACGGCAUUUUCUUCACUAUUUUCUGAUGUAUCUAAAUAAUGAAUACAAAUAAAUAAAAGGGAGAAAAGUAAUGUGCCACUAGGUGGAACUGUUUUGUUACACAAAUCUUUUCGCUUCUGUCAAGUGUGUCAUUUUACCCACAAUGCACUGCGUCAGUCUUACCUUAGUCACUACUAAGUUACAUUCAACAGAAAAGGUUCAACGUCUAUUACAAGUGGAAGACUAAGGUCUAUCUUUGUGCAGCUGGCUCCAGACAACUUCUUUUACUUUUUAUUAAAGCAAAACAAGCAGUGGCUGAAAACUAAAUGAUAUGCUAUGUGUCCCUUACCUGGUUCACCUGUAGUAAAAUAAACCACGAAUACGCUCCUCCUGGAGCCCUGCCUGAACGCUUUAGAAAAACAAUCUUUGUCGUAAUUAUAGAAGAUAUGUGGUGUAGGCCUAUAUUAAAUGCUUUUAUGUUCUGAUUCUCAGCUGGACUGAGAUGAAUGAUGCAGAAAAUCAAUAAAAAAAUCAAGCUGUCUUAGUUGUGAAGAUGAUGCCUUCAGGGCUGCAAACAUAAUUAUUGAGAUUCAUGCAACACUGGGACAUUUCCAAAACCGCUUUGUUGCUAGUUUGCUCUCAUGAUUUCGUAAUGGAA